CCGUCCAACUUGGUUCGCGCGCUGCGACGGCGACACGCAACAGCGAGGGAGAGCGAGAGAGACCGAGAGGGAAGGGAGCGACGAGUGUGGUUGCUGCGCGACGUCGGCAGCAGCACCGGCUCCGGCUGUGCUGAGACUGCUGCGCCGGCGCCUGGGCUGGUUGGGAAGAAGGCGGUGGGGCAGGAAAUAUUUGAUUAUGGAGAUGAAACCAUGAAGAAACAACAGAAAGAAUAAUAAUGUUUUUCCGAAAUCGUUUUCUGUUCUUGUUGGCCUUGGCAGCCUUAUUAGCCUUUCUGAGCCUUAGCCUGCAGUUCUUACACUUGAUCCCUGUAAACCCAGUCAAAGAAGAUGGGUUGAACUCCAAGAACAGAAAGAGAAUAAUGCCUGAUCCUUUGACAGAGCCCCCUCCCAUAGAUCCCAUUUAUGAAGCUCAAUUUUAUUGUAACAAUCCCACCGUUCCUGAACGCAGCAUGGAAGGUCAUGCGCCUCAUUAUUUUAAGCUGGUGUCUGUUCAUGUGCUGAUUCGCCACGGGGAUCGAUACCCUCUUUAUGCCAUUCCUAAAACAAAAAGGCCAAAUAUUGACUGUACAUUAAUGCCUAACAGAAAACCUUCCCACCCUCAGCUUGAAGCUUUUAUUGGCCAUAUGUCUAAACUUGGAUCAGAAGCUAAAAUGGAUAGCACUCUGAGCGGCAUGCCUCGUUACCCCAGCCAUUUGCUAUGUGAAAUGGGAGAGCUUACACAGACAGGGGUUGUGCAGCAUUUGCGAAAUGGGCAGCUACUACAGGAUAUUUAUAUAAAGAAGCAUAACCUGAUGCCAAAUGACUGGUCAGCAAAACACUUGUACUUGGAGACCACUGGAAAAAGUCGAACACUGCAGAGCGGGCUGGCAUUACUGUAUGCCUUCCUGCCAGAUUUUGAUUGGAAGAAAAUUAAUUUUAGACACCAGUGGAGCACCAUUUUUUGUUCUGGAAAUUGUGUUUGCCCAAUAAGAAACUAUUACCUUGGAGAAGAUCAACGUCGACAGUAUAGCCUACGUGUGACAAACAUACGCUUGGAAAAAACAUACGCGGAUAUGGCAAAAAUAAUUGGCAUCCCCACAAAACAGUUAAGGGCUUCUAACCCUAUAGAUUCUAUGUUAUGCCAUUUUUGCCAUAAUGUCAGUUUCCCAUGUACUAUGAAUGGUUGCAUUAACAUGGAGCACUUUAAAGUCAUUAAAACACAUCAACUUGAAGAUGAAAAAGAGAGGCAGGAGAAGAAAUAUUACUACUUGUAUGCACUACUGGCAACUCAUCCUCUUCUUAACCAGACUGUGAAUCGUAUGCAGCGUAUUACAGAAGGCAAGAGUGAAGAAUUAUUUGUUCUAUACUCUGCUCAUGAUGUCACGUUGUCACCUGUCCUUAGUGCCUUAGGCAUUACAGAGGCCAGGUUUCCAAGAUUUGCAGCUAGACUAGUCUUUGAGUUGUGGAAAGAUGAGAAAAAAAACAAAGAACACUUCAUUCGAAUCCUUUAUAAUGGUGUGGAUGUCUCAUCACAGACUUCCUUCUGCCGGGAUUAUAACCGGCGUUACAACAAGCCAAUGUGCCCUUUAGAGAAAUUUGUCCAUUUUGUUAAACAGGACAUGUUUUCACCUUUUAAUAGCACCAAUUAUUAUGAUGCAUGUCGCAGAAGAUUGUUCUAAAUGAGGAAGAAAUAAAUGUUACAUUUUGUAUUUUCAGAAAGGACAUCUCUGUGAAAAUUUGACAUUGUCAAAUCCUUGUGUGCCUAAGUGCAAAUGAAUAUAGCUUGAAACGGUUUUAGUUUUGCCAAAAUUCAUUCUACAAUGGUAUGAAGUAGAAAAAAAUAAGUCUAAUGCCCAUUACGGGAUCUAUGUACAUUCUGGUCAACUUGAUUUGUCUCCAAGCUGCUGUAAAAUGGAUAUUGCUUGAAGAACUGGCUAUGUAUAUUCUGGUUCCUUGAUAUACCACUGCAGAGGUAAUUAACAAAAAAAAUUCAAAUUCUUAGAAUAACAUACAGUAUUUCUCUAUUGGUAUAUAGCUAAAGUAUUUCUGAAGUGACAAUCCACUGAAGUCAUAGGUCAGUUGGAGACACAUGAAUACAAAUGCUUUUUGCACACACAGCUCUGUAGCAUGUGACCUAUAAAUAUGAAGAGUAAAAUAUAAUGGAGGCUCCAUCCUACAGAAGGUUUACAGCAUGAUUUCUGCUGAAAGGUAUUUAAUGUAUGGUGGGAACAAAGUGUGGGAACUGGAAUGUUUACCAAUAGGUUCUUAUAUAGAUGGGCUGGAAAUUGCGGGAAGCCUGCUUACCAACAUGCCGUGACUUUCUGCGGGGCACCACCAUCAUCGAAAGCACCUUUUUGCACAAUCAAUGCAGGCUGAUCCGUGUAAGAAGCCGUUCAAUUAAAACAUUACUGCCUUCUUGUGGAACCUUCUCCCCCCAGCUUGGCAGGAACCAAACCACCGUAUCACAUACAAAGACAACCACAGGACGCGUAAAAAUAAACGUUCCGUUCUUUGCACUUUUAGCACUUUAUGUGUAGUUCGAACACAAAUUACAGGUUUUUGUGCCAGAUGCUAGAAAAGGAUUAACAAGUAAAUACAGAGUCAUUAGAUGGGAAAUAGAAAACUCUAAAUCGGACUUUUAAUACAUUGUUUUAGGAUCUUUCUGUUUACUUAUGUGUUCAAAUCAAUGUGCUGUGAUGAAAAGCAGUGUUUAGCAUUUGGUUGUAAUGGCUGCAUGUAGCCGAAAAAGAAUUUGACUUAAUGCUUAAUUUUGUAGUCCAUUUGUAGUACUUUUAUAGACUAGGAAGACAUUUUAUACGCUUAGUCUUGUUUUUUACUGUACAGUGAGUAUACUAAAUGUUUUUUACCUUCUUUGUAAAGGGGAUGCCAAAAACUGCUUUCAAACAUUUUCCUUUAAUCACAGUAAACAGAUGACUCAAUUGUCAUGGAUAACUUUACUUUGAUGAACUGUUAGGAUGUCACAGCUCCAUUUUUAAAUAUUUGUGUCAUACGGGAUUUUUUAGUCAACUUGGAUAAGGUUUUCUUUAGUUAUGGAAUGCUAAAUUUUAUAAUGCUGGAGUUUUUAACAUAAUUUAGUGUGGGAUAUGUGUUGAAACAGUGACAGAAAUUCAAAGGGGCUGUAAUUUAAUUUGUGGUUGACAUUAUAGGCAUGUAGGCCUCUUUUGAAAUGGUGCAUUUGAAUGUUCCUAUAAAUAAAAUUUGGAAGAAUUCUUGGUGGUAGCUGUUCAUGAACCCUUAUCUUGCUGUAUGUGGUAUUCUAAAUAGAGCUUAUAAAAUUGAUCUUUGCAGUA